AUGAAUAGUAAUAAUAACAACAAUUCACAUCAGAGUGGAGGUGGAGGAGGGGGAUACCCAUUACAACAAUCAACAUCUUCAAUGUCACUCAAUCAGUCACAACAACAAAUACAGGGUGGACACCAACCUAAUCAAUUAAUGGGUGUUGGUAGACCACUCAACUGUGAAGAUCAGUUGAUACUUAGACUGCCACCACAACUCGCAGAUAGAGUCAGAAAGAUGAUCAAGCAGAAACAUAUAGAUACACCAAUCGAUCUCUCUUUCAAGGAUGGGAGACAGGUACAAUUCAAGUUUGGUCAAGAAGAGUACAACGCAGCACUACUCGAUCUACCAUGUGUACUAGAGUCACACAAGACAUUGGACAAGAGCUCAUACUUUAAGACGGGCGACGUCGGACAGAUUAUACAAGUGUUUGAUAACCAUGACCCAAACAAUAACAACAAUAACAACAAUAACAACGAAUACCCAACAACUAUCGAAGACAUACCAAAAGACUUCAAGUCAACAAGUGGUAUCACUCCACCAACCAAAGACAUUGUAAAAAAGAGAUUCAUUGAAGCAUCUAAAGAGAAAGUAUUGGAUAUUGCAAAGAUUGAAGAAGAGGUUAUUAGAUUAAUUAAACCAGGGUAUAAUGAACAAGAAGAAGCAGAGUUUGUAACGUUGGAAGAGCUGCGUGAGCAGUAUGGUACAGAGAUGUUUGCAGCGGGGUCGACCGAGACGAUCAUAUUUGAGGAGAGAGCUGAUGAUCAGGUCGCAUUGGACGAGGAGGAUAGUGGAGACGAUAUCGAUCACGACGAAGACAAUGAGAAUGGAUUCAUGACACUCAAGAUCAAGACCAAACCAAAUGCAAUGACACGACGCGAUAUUGGAGGGUUUGACGACGACGAUUUCGACGAUAGACCGUCUCCUCCUCCUCGAAGAUUGACGCAUACGGGCCCGUCGCCUGGACGUCCUUCAUCAAUGUCACCACUCGAUUCUGAAAAGUCUCCCAGUGGCAUCAUCAAUGCAAACGGUGACUUUAUCCCCGUUAAAAAGGAGAGAAAGACACGUAGCGACAAGGGUAAAGAGAGAGUGCCGCAUCACCUCAAGGUGGCCAACCAACACCUAUACCAUGGGAAUCAACCAACCACACCGUCGGGUGCACCAACCUCGGCUGCGCCAUUGAGUAGUGGUGGCGGACUCAAGAUCAAGCUACCAUUGUCGUCGCUGACGGGAUCAGGCGCAGCAGUCGCUACUAUACCCCCACAGUCUCCGUCGAUUGGAGAUGUACAUCUUGAUACGGAUGGAUUCCGUAUUCCCGAGGAACGGAGAUCGGUCAUGUCUCCAGGCACAUCUACACAACACAGUUCAAACUCUCCCCUUUCUCCAACAAUAAUUAGUACUACUAGUACUACAACAACGACAUCGACGACAUCGGUAGGAGGAGUGGGAGGAGGAGGAGGAGAUGAAGAGAGAAGAAAAAAGAGAAAGGAAAAGGAGGGGUCGAGCGAAGACAGACACCGACAUCGAAAAGAGAGAUCUCCAUCAGAAGGUGGUGAACGACGAAAGAAACGUAGAGAAAGAGAUCACCGAAGCAGUGGUGGUGACGGUAGUGGUCAUGGUCAUGGUAGUGGCCAUAUUGAUCAACACGAACCAUUCUCACCAACCGAUGCAUUCACAUCUACAUCUACACCAUCAAUCAUUGUCAAAAUACCCAAUUUACAUGGAGGUAUAUCAUCACCUCCAACACAUCAGCAGCAACACGCUCAAGUAUCAACUCCAACACUCCAAGAUAUUCAAAUUCAAAUAGAUACACCUCCUAUUAUGCAAGAGGUUUCUUCACCACCACUACAACAACAACAACAACAAUAUCAACAACAACCACAACCAAUUGCAAAUAUUGUUAAUACACCUCCCCCACCACCAUUACCAAUUACGCCACCAUCAUUUAAUAUUGAAACACCACCUUUAAUUCAAACAUCAACAUCCUCAACGACGAUGUCAUCGAACAACAACAGUGUCGCUGCAGUCGAUUCAACAACCUCUAUUUUACAAUCAGUAUCAACUCUUAGAAAACUUCAACAAGAAGCAGAUUCACUUAAAAAGAAAAUCGAGGAUGCUCAAGCAGCCAGUAGUUCCAUUCUCAACAAGAUCCAACGUGAUAGACACCAAGAAAAGAUUGACAAGAUGGUUGCAUCCUAUAGUUCUCUAUUAAAGGAGAUUGAAAGAUUAGAAACUUCAAUCUCCCAAAAUAAAUAUAGUUAA